AUGACAUCGAAACAGAAAUCGCUUGUAUGGGAUUUUUUCGAAAAAACAGAAAAUGGAACUCAAGUUGUUUGUCGAAAAUGCCAAACUAAAUUAAAAUAUUUUGGAUCGACAAGUGGAAUGUUGAAACACGUUGAAUCAAAUCAUCAAGAUGAAUUGAUAGUAAUGGGGGACGAUAAAAUUAAAAGUGAACCGAUUUCGGCUUCAAUACAAUAUGCGAACAUAUCGGAAGCUCUGAACGAAUUAGCUUCGACCAUGUGUACAAACGGUGCUCCUCUCAGUUUGCGAACAACGGUAAAACAGAAAUCGCUUGUCUGGGAUUUUUUCGAAAAAUCAGAAGAUGGAACGCAGGUCAGCUGCCAAAAAUGUCGAAUUCAAUUAAAAUAUUUUGGAGCGACAAGUGGAAUGUUAAAACACAUUGAAUCAAAUCAUCAAGAAGACAUGAAAAUAAUCGGAAAUGCUGAAAUUGAAAGUGAAAGAAAUACGCUCCCAAAUGAACAUUCUAACAUACUAGAAUCUUCGAACGAAUUAGCUUUAAUCAUGUGUUCAAGCAGUUUUCCGCUUGGUUCGCAGAUGACGUCGAAACCAAAAUCGCUUGUCUGGGAUUUUUUCAAAAAAACAGAAGACGGAACUAAGGUCAUUUGUCAAAAAUGUCAAACUAAAUUAAAAUAUUUUGGAUCGACAAGUGGGAUGUUAAAACACGUUGAACAGAAUCAUCAGGAAGAUAUGAUAAAAAUGGGAAAAAGUGCAAAUAAGCGAGAAAAAACUUCGGCCUCAAUUAAAGGUUAUAACGAAUCUGAAGCUUUGAAUGAAUUAGUUUUGACCAUGUGUACAAGCAGCGUUCCUCUCAAUAUCGGUAAAAAUGAGCACUUUCAAAAGUUCAUUCACAACUUAAAUCCUGAGUUUUCCUUGCCCUCCACUGAUGGAGUUCUUCGUCAUAUUGCUUCCACCGCCAAAUCCUAUAGAGAUCCAAUAAAAAACCAGUUGCAGUCGGUACGAAAAUGUGUGAUUUCUUUAGAUGGCUGGGAAGGGAAAUUUGGGAACAAAACUCUCUAUGCGAUGUUCUUGUAUUUUGUUGAUAACAAGUUCAGGAGAACAAAAUUAUUUCUUGGCAUUUGUCACAUAGAAGAACCCGUUGAUGCUUCAAAAAUCGGAAAGUUUGUUCUAGACUUGUUGAUAGAAUACGAUUUGGAUUUUUCGAAAGUCUUGGGAGGAAUUUGUGAGUCCAGAAGUAACGCCAUUACUUUUCUGAAAAGAAAUGGCAGAUAUCAACGAUCGAAGCUUCACAAAAUCUCCAGAAGAAUCCCAUUGCUCUUCUCAGACACUCUGUGGGGUGGCUGUGUACUGUUGGCUCAGGCAUACUCUGAUCACUAUGAAUCGAUCAGCACCCUUAGCAAUUUCCAAUCGUAUCUUCUCUCACAAAGCGAGAAAAGUACAUUGGAUGAGUUUUUGGAAUGUACGAAACCGUAUAUGGAAGCAAUUCAAAUGUCAGAGAAGGAAGAGACAUAUGGUUCAGAAAUUAUAGUACAGUAUGCGGGUCUUCUAGAUUUUCUUUCAAAAAUAGAUCAGGACAGUGAUAUUGUUCGAUUAUUGAAAGAAGAAACCACUCUGAGAUAUGAAGAGUAUCUUCAAAAUGAUAUGGCACUCUUCGCAUUAUAUUGUGAUCCUCGAUUUGUAUACUUAGCGGAUAUUUUGAGAAACAUCACCUGGUCUGAUAUUGAGGAAAAAGUCUCAACUUACUGUGGUAUUAACAAAAUUUGGAACGAUUUUGAGUGGGAAAUUAAUUGGAAUUUUCAGACGCUUCACGCAUCGUCAACGCAACAACAUCUAGCUCUGAAGGACCUCCUGAGAAAAAAUCAAAAAAUGAUGAGUCGUAUUUCACAAAAUUUGUGCUGUCAAAAAGAGACACCACCACGACCGCGGAAUCAAGACAAGUAUGAUAUCACUGAAAUUGUAGCCUACCAAUCAACUAUUCAAUCUUCAAGACCACCGACAUCUACGGAUCCAUUGAACUUUUGGAUGGUAAAUUCUGAACGCCUUCCAAAUCUUUCAAUACUGGCGCGCCAUAUUCUUUCGUCUCCAUCGUCUACAGCUCAAACUGAGCGCCUUUUUAGCAAAUGCGGAAAUCUGCCAAAGUGCACUCAAAAAUCCCGAGUGCCACUAACUUCGUUCAACGAUAUUAUGCUGAAUGUGACUCUUGCGGAUCUUCAGCGUGGAACUCUGAGUGAUUGCGACUCUGAUGAUUUGGAUGAUGAUGAGGAUGAAAUCGAAGUUGAUCCAUUUCCAAAUAACUCUGACAGCUUCCUCAACUUGUUGCAGUAA